AUGCCUUUUCUUCUUUCUCUUGGUUUUCCUUACUUCCUUAAUUCAAUACUUCCUUCUUCCCUUCUCUUUGUUUUAUUUCCUUCCUUCUCUUGGCUUUCGUUCCUUCCUUCUUCCCUUCUCUUUAUUUUCCUUCCUUGCUUCCUUCCUUCUUUUUGUUUUCCUUCCUUCCUUUCUUCCAUCCUUCUUUUUGUUUUCCUUUUCUUCUCUUUGUUUACCUUCCUUUCUUCCUCCCUUCUUUUUGUUUCCUUUCCUUCCUUUCUUCCUUCCUUCCUUCUCUUUGUUUUCCUUCCUUCCUUUCUUCCUUCCUUCCUUCUUUUUGUUUUCCUUCCUUCCUUCCUUCCUUCCUUCCUUCCUUCCUUCCUUCUCUUUGAUUUCCUUCCUUCCUUGCUUCUCUUUGUUUUCCUUUCUUCUUUCUCUUUGUUUUCCUUCCUUCACUUUGUUUCCUUCCUUCCUUUUCUUUGUUUUCCUUCUCUUUGUUUUCCUUCCUUCCUUCUGAUUGUUUUCCUUCCAUCCUUGCUUCUCUUUGUUUUCCUUCCUUCCUUCCUUCCUUCCUUCCUUUCUUUCAUUCCUUCCUUCCUUCCUUCUCUUUGUUUUCCUUCCUUGCCUUUCUUUUUUUUCCUUCCUUCCUUCCUUCUUUCCUUCCUUCCUUCCUUCUCUUUGUUUUCCUUCCUUGCCUCUGUUUUCCUUCCUUCUUUGUCUUUGUUUCUUUCCUUCCUUCCUUCCUUCCUUCCUUCCUUCCUUCCUUGCUUCUCUUUGUUUUCCUUUCUUCUUUCUCUUUGUUUUCCUUUCUUCUUUCUCUUUGUUUUCAUUCCUUCCUUCCUUUUCUUUGUUUUCCUUCUCUUUGUUUUCCUUCCCUCCUUCUGA